AUGGCUCGUGAAGAAGAAGUAUCGCUUGAAAAGAUGACGCUUGCGAAAGAAAAAGAGACGCAGCUACAGCACCAACAGGCUCGAUUUACUACCGAGGCGGGGCUCUGGAAACACGAGAUCGCAGCGUUGACGAAGGUGAAACUGGAACUGGAGAGUGGCAACGACCGAUUAACCAAAGAGUUAAACGACGAAAAGCUACAGCGAGAGUUCGUGGAGACGAAGCAUCGCACUCUAAAAGCUGAGCAUACUCGUACAUGUGAGGAACUGAACAUUCUCUUACAAGAAAAAGAACGAUUCGAGCACGCACAGGUGGAGAUCCAGGAGCUUCAGUCUAAAAUGGCAGAAAGUCAUCACAAGUAUGAGCUUCAACGUCACCAACUCGAAGAACAAGUGAAUAAACUACUGCUUGAUAGAAAGGACCAAGUUGCCGAGUGGGAGCGUGAGCGACAGCUUUCUUCUCGUCAGAAUGAAAAGGAGAAGACUAAGCUUCUCCGCUUCGUCCAGGAAGUCCGGAGCUUGCACCGUUUGCUCCAAUUAUCUGUAGUUGAGACUCGAGAGCUCUUUAACUCUGAAGUGAAGAAGACGAAGGACGCUUUGGAGAACAUCCAGCAACAGGCGAGCGACUUCGCUGUUCAUCAGAGUGAUCGUGAUAUGGCCUUGAUGUCUCGAAAAGGUCGUAUACUCCAGCUGGAGACUCACCUCAAGAACGACCGACAAACGAUCAACCAGCUGGAAGCUACACUGGCAAAGUCCACGCGAUCGCUUGAGAAGAAGCACGAAGCUCUCAAAUUGAAGUAUCAAGAACAGAAGGAGCACCUAGAGAUCACGUUGGCAGUGCGUCUAGGACUCACCACAGAUCUACAGGCCAAAAGGAAGCAGGUUGCAGAGCUGGAGCGAGAGGUGACACGACUCAACCUCGCCAAGGGCAAAACUGACGUUAAGCUGAAGCACUCGCAGCAACAGAUUAUCGCGAUGCAAAAGGUUCACGCUCGUGAACUGGAAAAGUUGGCAGGUAACAAGAGCCAACAAGCACCGCCACCAGAUCUGCCCCAAGAUGAAAAUAAUGAGAGAAAAGCUUUGCUGCAUGACGAUCCGGAAGGACCAGAAUGGAGGGAGUUCGUGGAGCUAGUAGCCGCGUACGAAGCUGAGCGUCAGUUGCAUCAAGACCUUGGGGUGGCGACUCCCUACUAG